AUGCCGCUGGUCCUCGAUGCCAGCAGCUCGUGCGACAUUUGCCUGGAGGAAUACACCUACGAAGACGCAUACUCGUCGCCUCAUGCCAUCCCCUGUGGACACGUGUUCUGCCUGACAUGCAUUGAAUCCUUCGACCCGGAAACCUGCCCGUUCUGCAGGAAAUCAUUCAACGCGCAAACGAUCCGAAAGCUUCAGGCCGACUGCGCGAAUCCUCAAAGCUCGACCGCCCGCGCCGAGGACGAGCGGGGCGUGAUUGAUGCCUUGACCACCUGGAACGCUGUGUUGGCCGCACCGAACGACUCCAGUGAGCGACAUGAGCGAAAUGAAUGGCUCUCGGAAUGGAUGGAUAAUCACGAGGAGUCGCAGAACUAUCCUCUACAGGCUACUCUGGUCUCGGUGAUGCGCCAGGCCCUCGGAACUGGCGACGACGAUACAUUUCGGGCUAUUGAACAAAGCGUCGAAUCUAGGGUGGAGGAAGUUGAGAGGGAAUGGAAAGAGAAGGCUACUGCCGAGAGACGCCAUAACGAAGCGUUGGAAGACGGCGCCGAGGAGCUAUUCUUACGAGUGGCUACCGCGGAGUCACAACUGUCAUCCACUCAAGAGGACUUAGAGAGGGUGCAGCACGAACUGCGCGACACGAAGGCGUCCCUUUCUCAAACGAGGAAUCGGUUGGUCGCCGCCGAGACGGACGUUACGGACCUGCGCAGGGAGGUGCAGAACGUCAGCGAGGCCCGCGAUACGACCGUCGAUCGGAACUUGGACCUGACGGCGCAGUUAGCCUACCUGCAACAGACGCGCGAUGCCGAGACCGCCAAUAUGGCGCACCAGCUCGACACCGUCAACCAGGACCUGCGAGAUGUCCGAUCAGAGGUGCAUGGAUUGCGGGUGGCCGCCCAACGUUCGGACGAGUUGGAGAUACAAUUCGCUGCCGCUCGCACGGAGUUGGAACGAAGCCGCGCUGCAUCCCAGAUCGGCGAUGCGGAGAAGGCUGCGCUAGAGGCUCAAGUGCACAGACUGAGGGGGCAGUUGUCAGGCUUGCAAACGAUUCAAGAGCAGGAGGCAGCACGAGUCCGUGAUGGCCAAUUGAAGCUUGCUGAAGCUCAUGCUCGCUUGAGUCAUUACGAGCAGCUUUUCAGUCGUGGCGGGCAAGUGGUUAAUGACCUGCAAGCGAAGCUUGCUGCCGCACAUUCGGACAAUGAAUCACUUCGGACGCAACUGCAACACGCUGAACACAGUCGAGCGGUGCACGAAGCCAGUGUUACCGAGCUUCAGACGCAGCUCAGGAGGCAGGACUCAGAAAUUGGGCUGCUGCGUUCCCAGCCGAAUGGUCCUCGCAGCCGCGAUAGCUCGUCAUCGCCCCUUGGAAACGACUUCGCCACUUUACUUCACCUCUCCAGCACCAAUUCAGGUUUAUCGAGGCCGAAAUCAGCCGCACCUUCGUUUGGCGGCAGUUCACGAUGGCCAUUAGUGGAGGAUUGGGAGAAUGAUGAGGCCUUUCCCGCUUCAGCACCUCCAGUGCCAUCCAAGAAUCCGUUCUUGGACGCAAACGAGGAUUUUAGUCCUGGGCAUGCGGAUUCGCGUGUUGCAAGCUCGAGAGGUGGAUCGUCGCCGUCGGAUCCCUACCAAGCAGACCCGAAGCCGGAGACUUCCCUAAUCAUCAUAUUACGGGAUAGUGAUUCCGCAACUCGGUCAUCCGACACUGCUUUCGUCGCCCUACCGGACCUCGGGCUGCCGUCAACUGCACCGAAGUUGACCCAUUCGACCAGUGUGCCCCUGGAUUCCUCGGUGUGGGAGUCACAACGGUCAUCUGGGUUCACUGAAAGCACCUCUUCGGAGCGAGCCGGUGCAGGUCUGCCUAACGGUGCCGCUCCACCCGACCUUGCUUUCCGUCGCAUGACACUCUUCGGUCCGGGUGGCGAGGAACAGUGUAUACCCCAUCCGCCCUCUUUGACCCCCGCUGUCUCGUUUCCCGGAACGAACGCUGCCACAGAUGAUAGUUUCAUCCCCACAUUCCGACAAGCACGAUCAGUGGACACCCCUAACGCGGCACCACUAGGAUCCGCACCACUGGGCAACCGGUGGACCAAUUCGCAUAUGCAACCUCCAUAUACACAUUCUCGAACGGCUUCUGAGCCGCUUGUGAACUUGCGCACGACACCGUUGCACCUCCUGGAACGAGUGUCCGGAGCGCUGGAAACGCCGACCGAGGUAUCCAUGCCCGGCGCUAUGCCCGCCAAUGAUUCACCUUCGGCAGGCGGAUCUGCGCCAAGAGUCCCAACGGAGAAGAAGUCGAUGGGCGAGACGAUGCGUAAACUCUUCGGGCGGAAACAUUGA